CGUGGUCUGUGAAGGGCGGGGCGGGGCUCGUGAGGGGGCGGUGAUAUAUAUAAGCGGUGCCGCGCUCUCUCUCCUCAGUUGACUAGUCAUUGCUGACUCUUCUCAGUGCGGCUGCUGAGCGUGUCUGCGGACCAAAACAGGAUGCCAGAGGAAGGGCAGACUUCCGCUCCGGACCAACAGAUGGAGGACGAUGUGGAGACAUUCGCCUUUCAGGCUGAGAUCGCUCAGCUGAUGUCAUUGAUCAUCAACACUUUCUAUUCCAACAAGGAGAUCUUCCUGAGAGAAUUGAUAUCUAACUCGUCAGAUGCUCUGGAUAAAAUCCGCUAUGAGAGUCUCACUGACCCCAGCAAACUGGAUUCCGGCAAGGAGUUGAAGAUCGACCUGAUCCCCAACAAGCAUGAGCGCUGCCUGACUAUUAUUGACACCGGCAUCGGGAUGACCAAAGCCGAUCUUAUCAACAACCUGGGCACCAUCGCCAAGUCCGGAACCAAGGCUUUCAUGGAGGCUCUGCAGGCCGGAGCAGAUAUUUCUAUGAUUGGUCAGUUCGGUGUUGGUUUCUACUCGGCCUACCUUGUAGCUGAGAAGGUGACAGUGAUCACCAAGCACAAUGAUGAUGAGCAGUACGCCUGGGAGUCUUCAGCCGGAGGAUCAUUCACCGUCAGAGUAGACAACAGUGAGCCCUUGGGCCGUGGUACCAAAGUUAUCCUGCAUCUCAAGGAGGACCAAUCUGACUACUUGGAAGAAAGGAGGAUUAAGGAGAUUGUCAAGAAACAUUCACAGUUCAUUGGCUACCCCAUCACUCUCUUCGUGGAGAAGGAGCGUGACAAGGAGGUCAGCGAUGAUGAAGGGGAGGAGGAGAAAGAAGAAAAGAAGGAAGAGGAGGAAGACAAAAGUGAGGAGAAGCCAGAGAUAGAAGAUGUGGGCUCUGAUGAGGAAGAAGAUAAGAAUAAAGACGAUAAGAAGAAGAAGAAAAAGAUUAAGGAAAAGUUCAUUGACCAAGAAGAGUUGAACAAGACCAAACCCAUCUGGACUCGCAACCCCGAUGACAUCUCUAAUGAGGAAUAUGGAGAGUUCUACAAGAGUCUCACCAAUGACUGGGAGGAUCAUCUGGCUGUAAAGCACUUCUCUGUGGAAGGCCAGCUGGAGUUCAGGGCUCUGCUCUUCGUGCCCAGGCGGGCACCUUUUGACUUGUUUGAGAACAGAAAGAAGAAAAACAACAUCAAGCUGUACGUGCGCAGAGUCUUCAUCAUGGACAACUGCGAGGAGCUGAUCCCAGAGUAUCUCAACUUCAUCAGAGGUGUUGUUGACUCAGAAGAUCUGCCACUGAACAUCUCCAGAGAAAUGCUACAACAGAGCAAAAUCCUGAAGGUGAUCAGAAAGAACCUGGUAAAGAAAUGUCUCGAGCUUUUCACAGAAUUGUCAGAAGACAAGGAAAACUACAAGAAGUUCUACGAACAGUUCUCUAAAAACAUUAAACUUGGCAUUCAUGAAGACUCUCAGAACCGCAACAAACUGUCUGAACUACUGCGAUACUACACAUCUGCAUCUGGAGAUGAGAUGGUGUCUCUGAAAGACUACUGCACGAGGAUGAAGGAGAACCAGAAACACAUCUACUAUAUCACUGGUGAAACAAAAGAACAGGUCGCUCACUCUGCCUUCGUAGAGCGGCUCAGAAAACAUGGCCUGGAAGUCAUUUACAUGAUUGAGCCCAUCGAUGAAUACUGUGUACAGCAACUGAAGGAGUUCGAGGGCAAGACUCUUGUGUCUGUUACCAAGGAAGGGUUGGAGCUUCCGGAAGAUGAGGAAGAGAAAAAGAGGCAGGAGGAGAAGAAAUCAAAGUUUGAGAAUCUGUGCAAGAUCAUCAAAGAUAUCCUGGAGAAGAAAGUAGAAAAGGUUGUAGUGUCCAACAGGUUAGUGACUUCACCUUGCUGUAUUGUAACAAGUACAUAUGGCUGGACUGCCAACAUGGAAAGAAUCAUGAAGGCCCAAGCACUGCGGGACAACUCCACGAUGGGCUACAUGGCAGCCAAAAAGCACCUUGAGAUUAACCCUGACCAUUCCAUUAUUGAAACACUGAGGCAGAAGGCAGAUGCAGACAAGAAUGACAAGUCUGUGAAAGAUCUUGUAAUUCUGCUCUACGAGACUGCCCUCCUGUCAUCUGGCUUCAGCUUGGAAGACCCCCAGACACAUGCCAACCGCAUCUACAGGAUGAUCAAGCUUGGCUUAGGCAUCGAUGAGGAUGAUGCUACCACUGAGGACCUGUCUGCUCCUGCCACUGAGGAGAUGCCAGCCCUGGAAGGAGAUGAAGACACUUCCCGAAUGGAAGAGGUUGACUGAAUCAGUUGAAUACAUUCCAGUUCUAAUCUUAACCGGUUAGGUUUUUGUACAUUUGUGCAGCAUUCCUGCAGCCUGCAUCAUUUAUGUUUAAAAUAUUUAUUUUUUGGAUGUUGUAUGUUUUUGUUAAUAUUACAUUGUUCUAUGAAAAUAAAGAGAAUUAUUGCCUCCUA